UCUCGAUCGCUUGCUCUCUCUCCCUCUCUCUCUCUCUCAUCGCCGCUCCUCUUGUGUAUGUGGAUUCCCGUGACAUCGAGGAAGGAUUACGUGAAGGAAACUAUUGAUUGGAUUUUUAUGAUUGUUUUCUAGUUGAGAACAUCGAUUUUUUUGCCAAAAAAAAUUGGUUGGGUUGGGAAAUUCUUAUGCGAUGGGAUUAACUGGAUUGAGGCGCGGAGUGGAAAGGAAAGAGGCCAGAAGCUCGAAGCACAAACUUGAAAAGAAACUUAACUUCUAUGCUAAAGUUAAUGAUGCGGUUGCAACGCUAAGUGCUAAGAAGGCAAUCAGCAAGAAAAGGAGGCUAAGGAGCCGACAGAGGAAGCUGAAGUCGUAUGAUCUCUCGGCCCUUAAAGAGCUUCUUCCGGAUCUCGAUGCACCGAGCCAGUGCUCCACUGCUGCCAACUUAAAGCUGAACUGCAAGUCUCGGCAGAAGAUUGUGCAAAGAGAAGGCGCGCAACUACGAGCCGUACUGAAUGACCCCACCUUCGCUAUUGAUCCAUUCUCAGCCAUCCAUCAACAUCUUGUGAGAACUCAACCACCUCCGCCGCCUGGGGACCAAGAAAAGCGUUCAGCGAAAAGUAAGAACAAGAAAAAGAAGAAUAGAAGGAAAAAAACAUCGUCGAGCACCCAAUCGAUGGAUUUGUAGUCGUUUGAAAGUGAAACCAAAUUUCUGCUGAGAAGCUCGAAGAUCUUCAUCCGAAAGUUGUCGGAACUUUGGUGGCUGAUUUGCUGGCAGGCUGCUUUCAGUAAUUUCCUUGCUUUUCAAGGAAACAUCACUCUAUUUUCCUUCAUCUGAUUUUCCAUUUUGGUCCCAAAACUCCCCCCCACCCCUUUUUGGGUAAUCAUAUCCUUAAUCUUUAGGGUUAAUCGCACCAUUAGCUCAUAACCUUCACCCAUUUUUUUCACAUUGGCCCCUAACCUUUUUUUCUCGUAUGCGCCUUUAUCAUGCCGAGUCCAAUCCCACGACCUUUAAUGUCUUCUCUGCAUUGACGUCCACCUCAAUUCGCACACGACAACUGCUGCCUCUUUUGAAGCAUUCUGCAUCCUUGAUAUAGAGUUUGAAUCGUAGCACCAGACUUUAAGAAACUUGGAAAGGAGAUUAACAAUGCUUAUUCUCUCAAAACCAGCUUUUUUGCGUUAAGUCCCUCUCAAAUUUUUUUUUAAUAAAUGAUUCUAACAAAUUUAUAUUUACACAUAUGGUCCUUUUUUUGUCA